UUCAUUAUUUAUUGUUAUCAUUUUUUACGUCUCUCUCUCUCAUCGUUUAAGGCUCUUGUCCCUCCCCAAUAUUUUGCUCUUUCCUCCUCACUACCAUGCCCUCUUGGUCACUUUGAUGUCUCACCCGAUCAAGCGCUCUGCCCACAAUUUGACCACGACCACCACCGGCUCCGCCACCUCCUCCACCACCUCUACCGGCGGCGGCGUCGGCUCUCCUAAUUUGCCGCCCAUGAAGAAAGCCAAGUCCCAGGCUGUGGCUUGUUCUCUCGACCCCAAGAACGGCCUCCAGCACCACCAAACCCCCUUCAACGACGACGUUUUCGACCCUUCCUCUAUGGUUCUCGACGACGAUCUCAAGCCCACUGACGACUCAGACCCCAGCUCCCUCGUCGCCGGCGCCUGUAGCCGAGCCGGUGCCAGCGGUGUCACUGCUAACUUGUCGAGGAAGAAAGCGACGCCUCCUCAACCAGCGAAGAAGCUAGUAAUCAAGCUCGUCAAAGCUAAACCAACGCUGCCGACAAAUUUUGAAGAGGAUACAUGGGCAAAGUUGAAAUCUGCCAUUAGUGCUAUUUUCUUAAAGCAGCCAGAUCCUUGUGACCUGGAGAAGCUUUAUCAGGCUGUUAAUGAUCUCUGCCUACACAAGAUGGGGGGAAAUCUUUACCAACGGAUUGAAAAGGAGUGCGAAGCACAUAUUUCUGCAGCACUACGAUCUUUGGUUGGCCAAAGUCCAGAUUUGGUAGUAUUCUUAUCACUUGUUGAGAAAUGCUGGCAGGAUCUUUGUGACCAGAUGUUGAUGAUUCGUGGUAUAGCUUUGGUUCUUGAUAGAAAAUAUGUGAAACAAACCCCAAAUGUGUGUUCGCUGUGGGACAUGGGCUUGCAGCUUUUCCGUAAACAUCUUUCUUUAGCCCCAGAAGUCGAGCACAAAACUGUGACUGGUCUUUUAAGAAUGAUUGAGAGUGAAAGAUUAGGUGAAGCUGUUGAUAGGACUCUCCUUAACCAUCUUUUGAAGAUGUUCACUGCUCUAGGAAUAUACUCUGAAAGCUUUGAGAAGCCAUUCCUUGAGUGCACAUCUGAAUUUUAUGCUGCUGAGGGUGUUAAAUACAUGCAGCAGUCCGAUGUUCCUGAUUACUUGAAACAUGUGGAGAUUAGGUUGCAUGAGGAACAUGAAAGAUGCUUACUCUACCUGGAUACAAGUACAAGAAAACCACUGAUAGGAACUGCUGAAAGGCAACUACUUGAACGUCAUAUACCCGCAAUUCUUGACAAGGGUUUCAUGAUGCUGAUGGAUGGGAAUCGUAUUGAGGAUCUGCAGAGAAUGUAUUUACUGUUUUCAAGGGUUGGUGCCCUCGAAUCAUUAAGGCAGGCCCUCAGCUCAUAUAUUCGUAGAACUGGGCAGGGCAUUGUCAUGGAUGAAGAAAAAGAUAAAGAUAUGGUUUCAUGCCUUCUAGAAUUUAAGGCUUCUCUUGACACAAUAUGGGAAGAAAGCUUUUCCAAGAAUGAAGCAUUUUGCAACACCAUAAAGGAUGCAUUUGAACAUCUCAUUAAUCUCCGUCAGAAUCGACCUGCUGAGCUGAUUGCUAAGUUUCUGGAUGAGAAGCUGCGUGCUGGUAAUAAGGGUACAUCUGAAGAGGAAUUGGAGGGAACACUUGAUAAAGUCCUGGUUUUAUUCAGGUUUAUCCAGGGUAAGGAUGUCUUUGAAGCAUUCUAUAAGAAGGAUCUUGCAAAAAGGCUUUUGCUGGGCAAGAGUGCUUCCAUUGAUGCAGAGAAGUCAAUGAUCUCCAAGCUGAAGACCGAGUGUGGAAGCCAAUUUACAAACAAACUUGAAGGCAUGUUCAAGGAUAUUGAAUUAUCUAAGGAAAUUAAUGAGUCAUUCAAACUAUCCUCUCAAGCCAGAACAAAACUCCCAUCAGGAAUUGAGAUGAGUGUCCAUGUCUUGACAACUGGGUACUGGCCAACAUAUCCACCAAUGGAUAUUCGGCUUCCUCAUGAACUGAAUGUGUAUCAGGACAUUUUCAAGGAAUUCUACCUGAGCAAGUAUAGUGGGAGGCGGUUGAUGUGGCAAAAUUCUUUAGGUCAUUGUGUGCUGAAAGCUGACUUUCCCAAAGGCAAAAAGGAGCUUGCAGUUUCUCUUUUUCAGACUGUUGUUUUGAUGCUGUUUAAUGAUGCUCAAAGGCUUAGCUUUCAAGAUAUUAAGGACUCUACUGGCAUUGAGGAUAAGGAGUUGAGAAGGACUCUGCAGUCCCUUGCAUGCGGAAAAGUCCGGGUCCUUCAAAAGUUGCCAAAAGGAAGAGAUGUGGUGGAUGAUGAUGCAUUUGUGUUCAAUGAAGUAUUUACUGCUCCUCUCUACCGUAUAAAGGUAAAUGCUAUACAGAUGAAAGAAACAGUGGAAGAGAACACAAGCACCACUGAAAGAGUGUUCCAGGACCGUCAGUAUCAGGUUGAUGCUGCCAUUGUUCGGAUAAUGAAGACGAGAAAAGUGCUGAGCCACACACUCUUGAUAACCGAGCUCUUCCAACAGCUGAAAUUCCCGAUAAAGCCAGGUGAUCUGAAGAAGAGGAUCGAAAGCCUCAUUGACAGGGAGUAUUUGGAACGUGACAAGAAUAAUCCGCAGAUAUAUAAUUACCUGGCUUGACACAUUUUGUCUCGCUAAAAUAUCUCUUUGUAAAUGACAUGGGGGAAGUGUAGUUCUCUAUAGGAGGAUGCUGGCCAGCCCCCUUUCACAUUUAUGUACAGUUGUAUCCUUUCAUUUUGUUGUGCUCAAGACCUUUUUAACUGUAAAGUAUUACCUAUCAAUUUAUGUUACUUUAGAUUA